AUGGUGCUGGACAUCGUCUAUCAGUUAUCAGUCUGUCUUGUUCAGAUCGAUGACACCAUCCUCACAACCCUCCUAACCACACUCUCCAAAAUCUCACCACCACCCUCAAACCCAGAAAACAACAACAUAUUCACCACACUCUCCGCAACAGACACAACUCAACUCAAAAACCUGCUAUUAACACUACACUGCCUCUUCCCUAAUGAAUUUUUACUUGCGCUUGAUAUCCUGGAUAGAGGGUUUGUCAAACGAUAUAUCACCGGAAACGCCGUUUCGAGUGGUGCGGAGACAGUGAUGUUUAUCGUUCAAUCAUCCUCUUCGGCUACUUCUGAUCGUGACGGAGGAGGAGGAGGAGAGUACCAAGUCCAUCUUAGGACAUGGAAUUGUUCCUGUCCUGCUUUUGUCAUGGCUUGUUUCGCGAUGUCUAGGCAUAUGGAAGAUGUGGAUUACGAGAUUGAUUAUUUACUUCAACAUCAAGACGAGGCCAUGGAUGCAAAAGAGGAGUCGUGGUUUGGAGGCACAAUACGCAACCCGGAAUACUACGAUGAUCGCUCGAUACCCGUGUGUAAACACAUUCUGGCCUGUGUGUUGGUGGACAAAUGUCCGAAUUUAUUCGCGAGAAAGUGUCUGACCUUUAACGUCAACGACACCGAGAGAGUGAAUGAUGUUGCUGGCUAUUGUGCUGCAUAA